AUGACUCUCCUACACCACUUCUACGAACAACGGCAAGCCCACCCCUCCUCCGUCGCAAUCGAGGAUGGCACCCAGUCUACAGACCCGACAGCCUGGCAGCGCAUCACGUAUGCCCAGCUCGACGCCCUGUCCGACGUCUGGAGCGCCCGUCUGCGCCAGACCGGCGUGCGCGCAGGCUGGAUCGUGCCCCUGCUCUCUACUCGCUCCAUCGCCAUGGCGGCAGCCGCCUUGGCCAUCUUGAAGCUCCGCGCCGCGUACGUGCCCAUGGACAUGGACUCGUGGGGCAAGGAUCGCAUAGACGCCGUUCUGAAGACUGUCGAUCCGCAAGUCGUCGUCUCAACAGUCGCGUGUCAGAAGGAAUAUCCGUGUCCUGUGGUGGAGUUGAGCGAGAUCGACUUGGGCGAGAUCGACGCCGGUGACUCUGCAACAUCUCCCCAAGAUAAGUCGAGAGAAGACGACCUGGCGUAUAUCAUCUUCACAUCUGGAACGACCGGAAAACCAAAGGGCGUGCAGAUAGCUCAGAGAUCCAUUGCUCGCUACGUGAAAGAAGGCGGCGAGCUGCCGUUCAAUUUCAACGCCAAAGCCGGCACCAGGGUGUUGCUCAUCUGCUCUAUUGCUUUUGACGUCUGCGCCGGCGUCGUCUUCAACACCCUCUGCAACGGGGGCACGCUCGUCCUGGCUAAUCCGUCGACCUUUGAAGCCGUCGCCAGAACAUGCCAUGUGUUGCCGUUGACUCCCAGCAUUCUGGUGACUCUGGACCCUCGCGCAGGGUUUGACACAGUGGAAGCCAUCUUCCUCGGAGGCGAAACCCCCAGCCCGUCCUUGAUACAGGCGUGGUCCUCUCCCCGCCGGCGGCUGUACAACUCCUACGGGCCUACCGAGACGACCUGUACGGUGCUGAUGGGAGAGCUGCGGCCAGAAACGCCGACCAUCACCAUUGGGUUUCCGAUCUCCUAUAGUACGGUCAUUCUCCUCGAUGCAGAUGGCGUGGAGGCCGCCGAAGAAGGCGAGAUCUGCAUUGCCGGCCUCGGUCUCGCACUGGGGUACUUCCAGGAUCCAGAGCGCACAAACAACGUUUUCAUCGAGCAAAACGGAGUCCGGAUGUACAGAACAGGCGACUACGGCAAGCGGACUCCGUAUGGAAUCCAGUUCUGCGGCCGCAGGGACAGCGUGGUCAAGAACCGCGGCUUCUUGAUCAACCUCGAAGCCGACGUCGAGCCUGCUCUGCAGUCUUAUGGCAAGGUGGACGGCGCCGCGGCCGUCAUGUCCCAGGGCCGCCUCGUUGCCUUUGUCACGCCGCUGUCAGCUAAGGAGGGACUCCGUGAAUACCUUCGUGCCAGCGCGGUUUCCUCGUUCCUGGUCCCGGAUACGAUCUACUCCCUGCACGAUUUCCCCACGACAGGCAACGGGAAGGUCGACAAAAAGAGCCUCUUGCGCAUGCACGAGCAGGAGCAAGGGGCAGCAGACCCGGAAAGCCUGGUUCCAGGGCUGGGCGCCGUGCAAGCCGUUUGCAGAGGGUUCUCUCAUGUCCUCCGACUGCCGGAGUCGCAAGUCACCCAGUUGUCGUCUUUCCGUCAUCUCGGGGGCCAUUCCUUGGCCGCCGUCAUGUUCGUUUCGGCCCUGCGGCAGAUGGGGUAUGCCAUCGGUGUCUCCCAAGUGUUUCUGUGGGAUACCGUCGAGAGGAUUGCGGCUGGUGUCGUGGAAGUGAGCGAGAUCUCACCUGUUCCCUCGGCCCAAGAAGACCUGGUAGAACGGCUAAAGCAUCCACCCAUGACAGACAUGCAAACCAGGAUGCUCGGUGCGAGUGUGGCCACCCCGGGCCUUUCCUUUAUCAAGACCUCCUUUACGUUUGACCAUCCCGGUAAACAAGACCUGACCGCAACGCUUCAUGCUGCCUGGGUUCGUCUCCAUCAUCGCCACGAGAUCCUGAGGACGGCAUUCGUCUGGAACGCAUCGAACGGAGGAGCCCAAGUGAUAUUCCCGGACCCAGGUUUCUCAUGGGAGCAGGAAUCCAUCGCCACAGAGUCAGACUGGGAAUCGGCUUGUCGACGUGCAGAACUUCUGGAUAUGGCCGAGUUCGCAGACUUGGAGGCAGAGGACCGCGCGUCAUUAUCAAGAGUCGUUCUGAUCGUCGCGCCCAGCAAGCGGACCCGGUUCGUCUGGACGGUUCACCACAGCUUGGUGGACGGAUGGUCGAUGGCGAUCUUGAUGCGUGACUUCGCCUCUUGUCUGGAUGACGGUGAGAAACCGAACCAGCCGCCGCCGCAAUUCGCUCAAGCUGCACUGGCAAUCAACCAGCUGACGACCGAGGCCUCAGAUCGAGCCGUUUCCUUCUGGCGUGAAUAUCUAUCAGACGGAUAUACGCCCGCCCAGAGACUCCGAGUAUCGCCCCCCUCGGAUGUCAGCGACUAUACGCAAGCCGCCCUAUCCCGUAGACUCACCGUCUCCGUCUCUGCCCUGGAGACCGCCGCCAGGGAUCGAUUUGCAGUCACGCCCGCCACCCUGCUGUACGCUGCCUGGGGGCUUCUCGUCUCAAGGUACUCCAACACUGACCGCGCCGUGCUCGGAGCCGUCCUAUCUGGACGAAGCUUGCCAAUACCCGGUGUCGAGAACAUGGUUGGGCCCCUGAUCAAUACGUUACCGCUGGCCGUCGACACGCGAGAGACCCAGUCCACGUCUGGGUUUGUCCGGUCUGUGUUUCGACGGCUGUGCGACAUCGUGGAAUUCCAGUGGUCGCCCGUCGCCUUGCUGAAUCAAGGCUGUGGCUGCAAUCCCGCCGAGCUCUUUGAGACGCUGUUCGCUUUGCAGUACGACUUCCCACCGUGCCCCUGGGAGAAGUCGAGCGAGCUGCCCGAGCCGAAGGAUAUCCGCUAUACGGAAGCCACUCAGGUGCCUCUCACCGUCCUGGUGGGCAGCACCGACGAUGGCCGGGGUUUCGACGUUCGCUUUCUUUACCGCCGGUCACACUUUGCCGAUGAUGGGAUCGUCCGGCGGAUGAUGGGCCAUUUUGAUCGUCUCCUUGCGGCAUUGGUCACCGCGCAGCCAGACAUCGAGCUGAGCGAGGUCACGAACCAGAUGCUCACCGAGCAAGAGUAUGAGAUCUUGACUGCAAAGCCUGUCGCGCAGCAGCUGUCCUUUAAACUGCCAGUACCCGGUGACAACAACCUGGUGGAAGCCAUUGAACGCUCCAUCCAAGCGCACCCGGACAUCUACGCCGUCCAAGGGGUGGCAGGGUCUCUCACGUAUAGCGAAUUUGGAAGAAUCACAGGGCGGAUUUGCGGGCGUCUUCUUUCGCAGCACAUCCAGCACGGCAGCGUGGUCUGCAUGAUCAGUGACGGCUCUCUUCUUUGGCUUGUGGGCAUGAUUGCAAUCCUCCGAGCCUGUGCGAUCUACUGUCCGGUGGAUCAGAAACUGCCACGCGAUCGCAAGGACUAUAUGGUUCGGAACAGCAGAGCAGCGUUGGUUCUCUACGCCAGCUCCAGCCAGGAGGAAGUGUGCAGGGGAGUCCCGUCUCUCAGUAUGGAGGCUCUCAUGUCGGAAGUCCCUUCGACUUCCAGCUUCCCUGGCAGUCGUCCCGGCGGCGACGAUAUCGCAUGCUUGAUAUAUACUUCAGGGAGCACGGGGUUGCCAAAAGCGGUCCAGCUGCAGCACAGAGGGAUCCUCAAUGUGAUCUCCCAGCCAGAAGGGCGCCUGUACUCCCGCCCAGGCCAGCGUAAUGCGCAAAUGUUGUCUCUCGGGUUUGAUUGCUGCCUCAAGGAGGUCUUCUCCACCCUCUGCUUUGGUGCAACGCUGGUUCUCAAGGACCCGGAGAACCCAAUCGCCCAUCUGGCGAGAGUCGAUGCUACCAUGGCGACUCCCUCCCUCCUUGCCACCUUGGAGCCCGCCGACUAUCCUAACCUGAGGGUCAUCACGGUGGCCGGAGAAGCUGUGUCGCAGCUUCUAAACGACAAAUGGUCAGCUGGCAGAACGUUGAUCAACGGAUAUGGUCCGGCCGAGUGCACUUUGAUAUCCACCACCGCAGUUCUGCACCCGGGACACAAAGUGUCGAUUGGCAAACCCCUUCCGGGCCUGUCCUGCUAUCUUCUCGAUUCCAACGGGCGCCCCGUACCGAUGGGCGUGUGCGGCGAGAUUUAUAUCUCGGGAGUGCAGGUCACUCCGGGGUACCUGCACAACGAGCAUGAGACCGCCAAACGCUUCCUGGGCGAUCCAUUCAACCCUGGCCAAGCGAUGUUCCGGACCGGCGACAUGGGAAGGAUGCUGGAGGACGGGAAGAUGGAGUAUAUCGGACGCGAAGACGGUCAAAUCAAGCUCCGCGGGUUUCGCAUCGACCUGGGGGAGGUCCGAAGCACCAUCUUCCGCCUCGCCUCGGCGGCCAGAAACGUUGCUCUCGUUGUGUCCAAUGGCAAUCUGAUUGCCUUUAUGACGCCGGAGACCAUCGACGUCCACAGCCUGGCCAAAAGCUUGGAAUCACAGCUGCCCCCGUACGCGGUCCCCCAUCGGAGCAUCGCGCUGGCGACCCUUCCCACCUCGGCAAAUAACAAGAUCGACUCGGCGGCCCUGCAGAGAUAUCUGAAAGACCACGGUGAAGAUGGCGUGGUUGGGGAAGACCUGGCAACCGAUACGCAACGAACUCUGGCGUCCAUCUGGGCAGACGUGCUGGGGCGUGAUCUGAACCAGAUGCCCAUCAGUCCCCAGGACCGGUUCUUCGAGCUCGGAGGACACUCCUUGCUGCAGAUCCGAGUCGCCCAAGCCAUCUCCAAACGCUGGGAGAUCCGGCCACUGCCGCUGAAGCAAGUCAUCCGCCACCCCAGCCUUGCAGACUUGGCUCUGGCCAUCGACGAGCUUCUGCAAAGUGACCUGGCAAGCAUGGGAGGCCCAGCUGGAAUCCCCUUCCUUGAGAUGUCCCCGGUGGGACGGGAAGAUGGCCGGCUUCCACUCUCGUACCUCGAGAAAGAGAUGCUGCUCAACCACCUCAUCUCUGGCGGCUCGCCGGCCGGAAACAUGUCCUUUGUUUGCCAGCUCCGGGGCGACGUCGACGCCGAAACCCUGGCCAACGCCUUCCAGAGGGUCACCGCAGACAUUGAAGUGCUUCGCAGCCGGUACUCGGUGCACGACGGGACGCUCGCCAGACAUCAGACCCGGCCAGCAGCUGUCAAGGUCCCUCGCGUGGUGCAAGCGGACAACCUCCGCUCAUUUGUUCGCGGGCGAAUCACCCAGUCCUUCGAUCUGAGCACAGAGCCACCCGUCAAUGUCUCGAUUAUCAUCGGAACCCCCAGGCGGGCCACGCUGGUCGUCGUCAUGUCUCACGUCGUCGGCGACGCGGCCACCAUGGCUAUGUAUCUCAGCCGGGUAUCCAAGACAUACACGCUUCUGAGAUCCAACGAUACCCAAGCAACAGUCGAACCCACCGCCAUGCAUCUCGACUACAUUGACUGGGCUCAAUGGGCGUCUAGAUCGCAACCCAGCCCCCGAGCUCUUGCAUUCUGGUCUUCGUAUCUGUCCGGCGCCCCCAAGCCUCUGACCUUUGGCCACCCUUCCCCAACGACAGCGGCCGCAACGUACAUCGGGCUCACCCGGUCAUGGACGCUCCCUGCUUCUAUGCACCACAGUCUGGGCCAGCUCGCCACCAAAGCCUCCGUGACGAUGCACCAGGUCCUCCUGGCGGCCAUCUUCCUCAGCCUGCAGAGCGUCGACCGGCGCGACGAGAUCCUCUUAGCUGCUCCAAUCAUGCACCGUACGGAGCCCGGCACCGAGGCCAUGCCAGGCCUCUUCCUGGACCGACUCCCGCUGCGCAUCCACUGGCAACAGCAACGGCAAACCUCCCUUGUCGAUUUCCUGACCUCUAUUCGCGAAACGAGCCAGCAGGCCCUGGCGCACUGCAUCCCCUUCCACGCCAUUCUCCGUGCGCGCGUCGGUGCCCUGAACCACAACAGCCCCAAACCCAAACCCACCAGCCUCAUCGACCCCCUCUUCAAAGUCAUGGUCACCUAUCACACCGCCGCAGACGAACGGCCGCUCCUCGACCUCCCCGACGUGGAAGUCCAGCCCAUCCCAUGGCGCCAGCACACCGGCGCGGCCAAGUUCCCCCUGACCGUGGAGGUGACCGAGAAGAGGGCGGCAGAUGAUCCUCCAGAGCUGCAGAUAGACAUGGAGUACGAUGUGGGCUGUAUCAGCGAGGAGAUCGCCGUGCGGCUAGAGUUCGCGCUGUCCUUUGCGUUCCAGCUGAUGGUGCUGGAGAUGGAGGUUGGGGAGAUCAUUCAAUUAGUUUGGACGGCGUUUCAUCCUAGUGGGAGUGGUCAGAAUGGGAUUGUCGGAGAAAACCGCAUAAGCACUGGGCCGAGCAAAGCGGCCGGAUUGAAUGGUAAUGAUGACCGCAUCGAUGCUCCUACUUCUACAACUACUGGGCAACCAGCAGUCGAGCAGAUCCUCGUGGACGCAGUGGAUGAAUGUCUAGACCGAAAGGCUCCGACUGCUGCCGCCGCCCCAGAAAAUUCAUUCUGGGACCUCGGGGCACAGAGUCUGGAUGCCUUGAGACUACAGCACCUGUGUGAGAAGCGCGGGCUGCGGAUCCGACUGCGGGAUGUCUUUGUUUUGAGAAGCCUUCGCGAGCUCGCGAGUUGCGCGGUGAUGGUUGAAAAAUAG